GCACCGCUACACCUGUCCCCGCGCGCCACAGACAGGUGCCCAAUUAGCACUAUUUAGUAAGGGGACCAAUCAGAGAAGACAAAGAAACAGGUGGGUAUGCUAAUGAGGGAUAAGAUAUAAAAGGGGGAAAGAAACGACACAAAUGCGCAGUUGGCCGUCGGUGUCGUUGAACGCAGGGGAAAAAUUUGAGAAGAUGGCUCAGGUCCCGCAGCCGCCAGCGCCGGGCGCCGUGCAGGCGGCGUUACAGCAACCGGCACCUCCACCGGCAGCGGCACAGGGUCAGCCUCCGGCAGCCCAGCAGCAGCAGGUAGCCCCUGCGGCGCAGCAGGGCCAGGGGGUUCAACAGCAGCCAAGGGCGCCCCCGGCCCCGCAGGUACCACAGCAGCAAGGCGGAGGGCAGCAACCCCUACCAGCGGCGCAGCCAGCACAGGGUCAAGCCCAGCCGAAUCCAGUGGGACCGGCGGGCGCGGCCCAGCCGGACGCCCCCCCACAGCCGCCUCAGGAGGACCUCCUUCAGAUAGUACGGACCCUGCAGGCGACCGUAGAUGGACUACAGAGGGGAAACGCAGGUGUUAGAGCCAUUCUGAGGGACAUCCGUAGUAUAGUUCAACGGCCUGACAGCCUUUUCGACGCGACGUCAGCCAUGCAACUUGUUGAAGACCUCGCUACCGCUGCUAAAAGGGAAAACCAUAGGAAAGCGGAGGACUAUCAAUCAGCAGCAGAGUUGCUGCGUUUACAUAGGCACGACCCGAAGCUUAAGCAGGCUAUUAGGGAGAUAUACGCCACAGAGUCCGAAAGGAAAGUGAGCAGAAGGGUGUCUGGGAUCUUAGGUUCCGGAGGAAGUCAAUCCAAGCAGUCAACGCCGACACGUCCAGGGCGGAGGGAAGGGUACCAGUCUUCAGGACACUGGUCAUACGCACCACAGCCAUGGCGACCCUAUCACCAGCCGCAGUACGGAGGGAGGAGGUGUUAUGGGUGUGGCUCGCCGGAGCACCUGGUGGCUAAGUGCCCGGCCAGACGUGCCAGCAGGGAGAGAAGUUCAGGAAGAGAUAGAGACAGGGACGAAAAGAAGAAAGAUUAAGAAUCUGCUGUAAAAUGAAAUUAGGCAUUUGAAGUGGAAAGGAAUAAAAGGAAGCUUAAUUGUUAAAAAAAGGAGAGUCAGGAGUUAGGCAAGAGUGAGAAUUUUCGGUCAUAUCGCCGCGUCUAAGAAUAACAGUAAUAUUUUAUUUUUGUUGUACCUUAUUAAUAAAUUGAAUAGAUCCUGUGGUGCGAAAUUGCAAUUAUGCAGUGGUGCUACGGUCCAAAUGUUGUAAAAUCGUUCAACGGGUGAAAAAAAAUUUUCUUUGUAUGUGAAGUGAGUAGACCUGCUACUGUUAACCUGAGGGAAACACUGCCACGUCUAAGAGUAACAGUAAUGUUUUUGUUGUAUUUUCUUAAUAAAUUGGAUAGACCGCGUGGUGCGAAGGUGCAAGUAUGCAGUGAUGCUACGUGCCAGAAUGUUUGUAAAAUCGUCCAACGGAUGAAAAUUUUCUUUGUAUGCGAAGCGAUUUGACCUGUUAUUGUUAACCCGGUGGAAACACUACAAGUGCUCUGUGAUACCUUGACGACUGGAACGGUUUACGAAUUAAAGAGAUCCUGUUCAUUG